GUGUGUGGCAGGCAGAUGAGGGAGCAGAGAACUGCUGAACAGAGUGAAACUCAGAGGACGUGGUGGAGCAUGGCUGCGACCCUGCAGUUCCUGGCUUGCCUGGUGGUAGCCAUCUGCCUCCUCUCUGGUGUGACUACAACCCAGCACCAUGCAGGGCAGCCCAUGGACAGCACCAGCGUGGGAGGUGGCCUGCAGAAGCCAGAGGCCCCGGAAGUGAUGUUUGAGCUGCUCUGGGCUGGGCUGGAGCUGGAUGUCAUGGGGCAGCUGCACAUCCAGGAUGAGGAACUAGCGUCCACACACCCAGGCCGCCGACUCAGGCUCCUCCUGCAGCACCACGUGCCCAGUGACUUGGAGGGCGCUGAGCAGCGGCUGCAGCAGCUCCAGGACCUGCGGAAGGGGCCUCCUCUUAGCACUUGGGACUUUGAACAUCUGCUCCUCACAGGCCUGUCCUGCGUCUACCGGCUCCACGCAGCUAGUGAGGCUGAGGAACGGGGCCGCUGGGCCCAGGUCUUCACUCUCCUGGCACAGGAAACACUCUGGGACCUAUGCAAGGGUUUCUGCCCCCAGGAUCAGCCCCCUUCCCUGGGGUCCUGGGCUUCCAUCCUUGACCCCUUCCCCUGACCCUCCCCUUUUGCUCUUUCACCUGCCAUUACCCCCUCCCAUCUCCUCCUCAACUCCCCAGGCAGACCCAUCUUGGGCAGGGGCUUCUGUCUGGCAUCUGGUUUUUUCCACUGUGUUCGGCUUCUGUCUGGCAUCUGGUUUUUUCCACUGUGUUCAGAUCUCUGGGCUUGGCUUGCACCCUGGACACCCCCUCUCUGCUUACCCCGACCCAAUCGAUCUUAU